UUUCAAAAUCCGAGGAGAGAAAACCGAGUGAGAGGCCCACCGGAAGUGGAGAGGAGAAAAUCUAUUCAUCGAAUCAAGAACAGACUUUGGCAGCUCCAUUGGUCCGCAUAUAACUAUGCUGAAUCUGACCUUAACUGAUCUCACUUCAAUCGGAAGAAGGAGUAGGAGGAGGUGGAAGAGGAGGAGAAGCGAAGGAACAUCACAUGAUGUGGAGAAACUUGGUGGGUAACAGUGGCAGAGCAUGGAGGAGCAGAUGCAUGUCAAUUGUUCGACGAUUUGAGCACGUGAGCCCAGCUCCCAAAGACCCCAUCACCGGCGUCACCGAAGCUUUCCUCGCCGACCCGAGCCCGAACAAGAUCAAUCUGGGCGUGGGAGCUUAUCGUGAUGACGAGGGAAGGCCCGUCGUGCUUCAGUGCGUCCGGGACGCUGAGGCAAAGAUUGCCGGGAGUGAGUUUCUGGAGUCAGUUUCUGCUGCAGUUAACUCCAAAAUGGUGGAGGAGAGUUGUAAAUUGAUUUAUGGAAAAGAUUCGGAUGCUGUUAUGGAGGGGAGGUUUGCAGGCAUUCAAGCACUCUCUGGCACUGGUGCAUGCCGUCUCUUUGCAGAAUUCCAAAGGCGCUUCUAUCCCAAUUCCCAUAUGUAUUUUCCUGCUCCCACAUGGUCCAACCACCACAAUAUUUGGAGAGAUGCCCAAGUUUCUGCAAGAAACUUUUGUUACUAUGAUCCCCAGUCAAAGGAUUUAAACUUUGAGGGACUAAUUAAUGACAUUAAGAAUGCCCCAGAAGGUUCCUUCUUCUUAUUGCACCCUUGUGCUCACAAUCCUACAGGCGUUGACCCUACUGAGGAAGAGUGGAGAGAAAUUUCAUAUUACUUAAAGGUGAAAAAUCAUUUUCCAUUCUUUGAUGUUGCAUACCAAGGCUUUGCAAGUGGAGUUAUGGACAAGGAUGCCAGAGCAAUCCAUAUUUUCCUCCAAGAUGGGCAUUUAGUUGCCUGCGCUCAGUCCUUCGCAAAGAACAUGGGACUAUAUGGGCAUCGUGUUGGUUGUCUCAGUUUUAUUUGUGAUGAUUCUAAGCAAGCAGUUGCUAUUAAAAGCCAACUGCAGCAGAUAGCAAGGGCAAUGUAUGGGAGCCCCCCUGUUCAUGGUGUGUUGCUGGUCUCGACAAUCUUGGGAGAUCAAGCUAUUAAGGCGCUCUGGACGGAAGAAAUUAAAAUUAUGGCAGAUCGAAUUCAAGGGAUGAGGGCUACUCUUCGUGAAAGUCUCGAAAAAUUGGGUUCUCCUCUCAACUGGGAGCACAUAACAAGCCAGGUUGGGAUGUUCUGCUAUUCUGGGCUAAAGGCGGAGCAGAUAGAUAGGUUAGUAAGGGAGUUCCAUGUAUACAUGACCUCUGAUGGCCGAAUCAGCAUGGCAGGGGUUACAACGGGCAACGUGAACUAUCUGGCAAAUGCAAUACAUGAAGUCACAAAUUCGGGUUAUGAGGAGUCCCAGAUCCUGGGUGAGUCGGGCUUUUAGCGGCUCAUUUUUCCUAGCCACUGCCAGAUUCUUGAGGUUCCAGACGGCGCUUCCCCUUUCCGGAGCUGAUUUCUUACGUAAACUCAGCCUCGAUUCAGGGCAUUGGGGAUAGAAUUAUGUGAAUCUUCUCUUGACGUUGAUAAGAAUACGUACCAUUAAGUCGAAAAUACUUUAUAAUCAGAAUCAGAAUAACAUUUCUGUCUACUAUGUUUCUUUGAUGCAGACUAAACACUGAUACAUUAACUAUCAGGUGGGUGACAGUACCUAUCAACUUAAGCUCUUAUAUCGAUCAUGUCUUGAUAUAUCGACUUAUCGUCAUUUUGCU